UCACUCAGCUCCACCACACGCUUCACUUAGCUCCAUCUCCAUCCGUACAGUACGUGAAAACCAGCUUAAUCAGUUAGCACUUGCGGUGCACUAUGGCCGUUGCGAACGGCAGCGACGCCGAGGCCCCGGCUGUCACCGUGACCGGCACCCGCACAGUGGCGCCCGCCAACAACAGCUGCACCCUCGCCACCUUCGACCUCCCCUACAUCACCUUCUACUACAACCAGAAGCUACUCCUCUACCGCACACCCGCCGCCGGCUUCCCCGACGCCGUCGCCCGCAUGACGGCCGCGCUCGCCGACGCGCUCCGGGUCUUCUACCCGCUCGCCGGCCGCAUCCGCCAGGACGCCGACGGCGCACUCGCCGUGGAAGGGGACCAGGGGGCCGAGGUCGUCGAGGCCGAGGCCGAGGGCGUCUCCGUCGACGACCUCGCCGGAGGGGACUGCGGACAGGAGGCCGAGAGGGUCAUGCAGCACCUCGUGCCCUACACCGGCGUCAUGAACCUCGAGGGGCUCCAUCGCCCGCUGCUCGCCGUGCAGUUGACGAAGCUCAAGGACGGCCUGGCUGUGGGGUGUGCCUUCAACCACGCCGUGCUGGAUGGCACCUCCACCUGGCACUUCAUGUCCUCCUGGGCCGAGCUCUGCCGCGCCGGCGGUGGCGCCCCGUCGCUGCUGCCCAUGCACGACCGUGCCCUGGCGCGCUCCGUCCGCGUGCGCCUGGAGCUGCCGGCGUCCGCGGAGGCGCACGAGAAGACAGACCCCAACGGCCCCAAGAAGACGCUGGUGGCCCGCGUCUUCUCCUUCCCGGAAGCCACCGUCGCCCGCAUAAAGGCCGCCGCGAACGCCGCUCUCCCACCUUGCGCCAAGCCCUUCUCCACGUUCCAGUCCCUGGGUGCGCACAUCUGGCGCGCCGUGUCCCGCGCGCGCGGUCUCGGCCCCUCCGACAUCACCGCCUUCGCCGUGUUCGCCGACUGCCGCUCCCGCCUGGACCCGGUGCUGCCGCCGGCCUACUUCGGCAACCUCAUCCAGGCCGUGUUCACGGGCGUCCCCGCCGGGAUGCUCCUAGGCGGCCCCCCUGAGCUGGCGGCGGGGCUGCUGCAGAAGGCGAUAGACGAGCACGAUGCGGCGGCGGUGACCCGGAGGCUUGAGGAGUACGAGGCGGCGCCCAAGCUGUUCCACUACAGCGACGCCGGGCCCAACUGCGUGGCCGUGGGCAGCUCGCCAAGGUUCAAGGUGUACGACGUGGACUUUGGGCUGGGUCGGCCGGAGCGCGUGCGCAGCGGUGGGAACAACAAGUUCGACGGGAUGGUGUACCUGUACCCGGGGCGCGGAGGCGACGGUGGCAUCGAUGUGGAGCUGGCGCUGCAGGCGGAGCCCAUGCAGAGGCUCCAGAAGGACCACGACUUCCUCCUGCAGCCUAAUUAAUUCCUCAUGGUUAAUGCUUUGCUUAAGUAGUAGUAUUACUAGUACGCAUCGAUGUGUUGCUUGCUGCUUGCGAUAAAUGGUGAUCAGCGCGCGCCAACGUACGUGGAAAUAAGGAUGAUUAGUAAUGCGGUACUCCCACUGGAAUCUACAGAUAUUUGCUUGC